ACAGCUUGGCGUCGCUGUUUGAGGCUCGACUCGGAGCGGGUGGAUUUUUUCGGGAGGGAAACUUUACAAGAUUUAACGGGAUUCGAGGACGAUUAAUUCAUUUCGCUUAAUAAGCAGAGCCUGUACAGCCACACCGAGAGAGGAGUCCAAAAAUGUCAGGCAUUGCAUUGAGCCGGCUUGCACAGGAGCGCAAGGCGUGGCGGAAGGACCAUCCUUUUGGAUUUGUUGCCGUGCCCACAAAAAAUCCAGAUGGAACCAUGAAUCUCAUGAACUGGGAAUGUGCUAUUCCUGGGAAAAAAGGGACGCCAUGGGAAGGAGGUUUGUUCAAACUGCGGAUGUUGUUCAAGGAUGAUUACCCCUCAUCACCUCCAAAAUGUAAAUUUGAGCCUCCGCUCUUCCAUCCAAACGUGUAUCCAUCGGGGACAGUAUGCCUAUCUAUUCUAGAGGAGGACAAGGACUGGAGACCAGCCAUCACAAUAAAGCAGAUCUUAUUAGGUAUCCAGGAACUCCUAAACGAGCCAAAUAUUCAGGAUCCAGCCCAAGCAGAGGCUUACACAAUCUACUGCCAAAACAGAGUAGAAUAUGAGAAAAGAGUUCGAGCACAGGCCAAAAAAUACUCUCCGUCGUAAGAGGCGAAGCCCCUCCCCCUGCGGCUGAAGGAAUGGGUUUAACAAGAAUCACCUCCCCGCUCGGCCUCUCAAUGAAUGUGCUCCUCUCACAUCGGGACUCGCUUAAAGACUUCUAUUUAAACUCCACACAUUCUGUGCCAUCCGUACUCCCUUCACCUAUCCUUUUUGAUCUUAAUUGCCGGUUGGCGCAUGAAGCUGGGAGGGGACAGGUGCUUCGGCACCCCGGUUGUUUCUUUUUAAACAUUGUCUUAUGAGGUGCAAGGGACACAGCUUCAGUUUUUCCAUCAUCUCCAUGCGAGCUGUUUGUCAUUGAUUUGUUCAUGGAAGUAAAAUGUCUUUGUUUUAUUUUGCUCUUUCACAGGGUCUCUUUUUCGUUUCCCUCCCUUUUCCCUGUUUUCCAUAAAUGUAAUGUAAAAAAAAAAUGGCUUAUUUCAUUGUCAGUAUUUGAACUGCUGUAUAAUGAAUGGCACUUUUAUACUGUUGUAUCCCAAUAGUGUCUCUAGAUGGUCCAGUCUAAUUUUUCUUUCCCAGGUUUUUCUAUUCAGCAUGCUGUAAUAUAUGAUAGGAUCUGCUGCCUUGACUGUCUUUUUGUUAUUCAGAGUGUUUGCUAUGGGAUAAAUAAAAAUGGCCACAGUAACUGAGGCAGGUAGGCUUACUUCU